AUCAAUAAUGGCAGCGCAAUAAACAAACAUCCAUGACCUUGACUUUCAAAUAAUGUGAGUUUCCGAUCAACAUUCUAUAUAUACAUUAAAUCUUGUUCAUAGAAUUCAAUUAGCAAGUAUGGAAUCCCAAAAAGGAGAUAAUGUUGCUUCCAAUUUGCUGAAAGCUCAAAGUCACAUAUGGAAUCACAUUUUCAACUUCAUCAAUUCCAUGUCACUUAAAUGUGUUGUUGAUUUAGGCAUACCAGAUAUCAUACACAACUAUGGCAAACCCAUGUCACUCUCAAAACUCAUUUCUUCACUACCAAUCCACCCUUCCAAACAAUCCGACAUCCUUCGCUUGAUGCGAAUCACCACUCAUUCUGGUUUUUUCUCUCAGCAUAAUGUUACAGAGAAUGAGUUAGAAAUUGAGUAUGUGUUAACUGAUGCAUCUAGAUUAUUACUCAAGGACAAUCCUAUGAGUGUCGCACCGUUUGUGCAGGCGAUGCUUGAUCCAGUUUUAACAAAUCCGUUUCAUCAAUUGUCCACUUGGUUAAAAAAUGAGGAUUCUUCGGCAUUUGAAACGACACAUGGGAGGUUAUUUUGGGAUUAUGCUGCACAUGAACCAAUAUUUAACCGUUUAUUCAACGAGUCUAUGGCAAGUGACGCUCAAUUAGUGAGCAAACUGUUGAUUGAGAAUUACGGGGAGGUGUUCGAUGGAUUGGAGUCAUUGGUUGAUGUGGGAGGAGGCACAGGAACCAUGGCGAAGGCUCUUGCCAAAUCAUUUCCACAAUUGGAAUGUAUUGUGUUUGAUCUCCCACAUGUUGUUAAAGGGUUACAAGGAAGUGAUAAUCUAAGCUAUGUUGGUGGAGAUAUGUUUCAAGAAAUUCCUCAAACAGAUGCCAUUUUACUAAAGUGGAUCUUACAUUCCUUGAAUGACGAGAAAUGUGUGAAGAUAUUGAAGAAAUGCAAGGAAUCAUUGAAAAAGAAAGGUAAAGAAGGGAAGGUGAUUAUCAUAGAUAUGGUGUUGGACAAUGAAAAUGAAAACAUUAAUGAAUCAGUUGAAACACAACUCUUCUUUGAUAUGUUGAUGAUGGUAGUACCCGCUGGAAAAGAGAGAAAUAGAAAAGAGUUGAUUAAAUUGAUUUUAUCAGCUGGUUUUAGUGAUUAUAAAAUAACCACAAUUUUAGGCUUAAGAUCCAUAAUUGAGGUCUAUCCAUGAUAAAAAUAAGCCAAUUUUAUAAUCAUUUGAAGUUAUUGAUUAGUGAAUAUUAAUAUAUGUAACAAUAAUAAUGUUUUGAAUGAUCAUGAAUUCAUGUUGGUGUUUUCUUAUGGUACUCAAAUCAUUAAAAAAAAUAUGUUAAGUUGUUAUUUGUUAUUGCACAUAACAAUUAUUCUACUCUCGUCCCUUAUUAAAUACUACAUUUAUCUCAAGGCCGAAUUUGAAUGCAUGCAACUUGUAUCAUUGCACUAAUUAUUAGUUGGUUCAGUGGU